AUGCCCCAGUUAAACCCUGCACCUUGAUUUGCUAUUAUAGUAUUUUCAUGACUAGUUUUUCUAGCCGUACUCCCUCCUAAAGUCCUAGCCCACUACUUCCCUAAUGACCCUACACCUCAAAGUGUAAAAAAAUCAAAAUCCGAAACCUGAACUUGACCAUGACUUUAA